AUGAGGGCUGCUACCAUCAUCAUUUUGGCUGUUUGCCUCUUUAGUUUUCCUUCAACUGCUACUGAAGGCGAACAAUCAGAAGACUCCAAUGUUUCCGGGACGGCUCCCAGAAGACCCUGGAAACCCAAGGUCCCCAAAGUUCCUAAAGUACCCAAGAGUCCUUCAACUGCUGCUGAAGGCGAACAAUCAGAAGACUCCAAUGUUUCCAGGAGCGGUCCCAGAAGACCCAGGAAACCCAAGUUCCCCAAAGUUCCUCAAGUACCCAAGGUCCCUCAAGAACACACGGCACCUAAAAGUGUUUGGGGCUAA